AUGACUUCAGAGAAGGAAGAGUGGGAUGACAGAGCUAAUGCCCGCUUCGGGAAGGUGAGUCAUCAUCACCACCAGAUUGUCAACUUCAACACCGACACGAAGCCGACAAUCGGACCAGGUAUCACAAGAAGACGAAAGAGAGAGCCAUCUUCAGCUCGAGAACCUCACACCGUCUUAAUCGAAUCCGCACCGACCACAAGUCUUCGCUUCAAACCACAAAUCACCCAUCCACAACUCAUCAUCAACACCGCAACCAUGCCUUACUCCCCCACAGUCGGAGACCCAAUCUCCUCCCUCGACACACCCUCCAUGGUCGUCGACCUAGACCUGAUGGAACAAAACAUCCAAAGCCUCAUGUCCCAGCUCCUCCCCACAGGUAUCAACAUCCGCCCCCAUUCAAAGACCACCAAAUCCGCCAUCCUCGCGCAGAAGCUCAUCACCGCCGGUGCAAAAGGCGCCUGCGUAGCGAAACUUAGCGAAGCGGAGGUCAUGUGCUCGAAAGGCCUUACGGAUCUGCUGAUCACGUGCGAGAUCAUUGGGCCUGCGAAAGUUGCGAGACUCGUGGAAUUGUUCAGGCAGCACAGGGAGGUUAGGAUUGUUGUUGAUAGUGAAGAGGGGGCUAGGGCUAUUGAUGCUGCGAUUGGGGAGGCAGGGAUCGAGGACCGGAUUUUGAGCUUGAUUGAUCUGGAUGUGGGACUGCACAGGACAGGUGUCCAGCCUGGCGAGCCAGUGCUGCGACUCGCAAAGACGGUUGCGGGGCUCAAGCAUCUGAAGGUGAUAGGUGUGCAGGGAUAUGAGGGGCAUUUGCAGCAUGUUCAUGGUGCGGAGGAGAGGAAGAGGAUGUGUCUCGAGAGCAUGAAGAUCUUGGUCGACACAGCUGAGGCAUUGAGGAAGGAUGGGCAUCAGAUUGAUGUUGUUACUACGGGUGGGACUGGGACAGCGGAGUUCUGUGUCACUAUGCCUGGAGUCACAGAGGUUCAGCCGGGCAGUUUCUUGUUCAUGGAUACAGAUUAUCGCAAUGCGGUGGGGACGAAAUAUUCGAACAGCUUGACAAUCCUAGCAACGGUCAUCAGCAAGCAGGGCCCAAAGAGUAUCACGAUUGAUGCGGGGCUCAAGUCGCUCACGACAGAUAGUGGGUUGGCGGAGUGUAAGACGCUGGGGUUUACAUAUGGGGUCUUAGGAGAUGAGCAUGGGUCGUUGUCGUGGACUGACGGGGCGGAUCUGAAAAUUGGGGAUCGUGUGGAGAUGAUACCGAGUCACAUUGAUCCUACGAUCAACCUACACGACUUCUACUACGCGCACCGAAACGGCAUCAUAGAAGAGAUUUGGCCGGUUGAUGCGAGAGGAAAGGUACAAUAG